GGGACGCCGUGACGGCUGCGGGUCGAGCGGGGAGCAGGAGUCCCGCCCCGGCACAGAGCGCCCUCCUCUCCCCGCGGGCUUGAAAAGCCGGGAAAGAGACCGAGGCUGCAUGCCCAACCGGAAGUGAGGUGAUGGCGGCCGCGGCCGAGGAGGAGAGGGGAGCGGCUGCGGCCACGGAGGCCGCCGAUCCUUGCGUGGCUUUGCGGCUGGUGGCCGCGGCGGCCUGGCACGUGGUGCAGAAGCGCCAGGCGGACAACUUGCCCCGCGUGCUGGUCCUGCUGGAGGCCGUGGCAGACGCAGCGCCCAACCUGGUGCACUUCCGGCACUUCGUGAAGCUGCGCCUCGGCCUGCAAGCCAAGAUAGUAAUGGAAAUGCUUCAGAACAAGCAACCGCACUGGAAAAUCUACGAAGCCAUGGAUACCUACUUUCCAGAGAAGGAACCCGAGCCCCACCCCAAAGCUACCGCGCGGGACCUGAAGCUGGUGCAGACCGCACAGGAAAACUUCCGGGUCCUGGUACUGGGCUUGCUGAGCGACCCUGACCAGCUCGAGAAAUAUGUGCAGGAGCACCUGGAACACGAUUACGGGGAAGACUUCAUGCGUGUGGUGGAAGAGCUUUUCCACGAUUACCUGUGGCAGCUGGAAAGCGCCCUCCCUGAACCCUGCCUCCAGGAGUUGCUGGAGGCUGCCCGCAUCCAAGGACCCAGCCGGCCUCCACAGCCAGACUCCGUCAUCCUGUCCCAGUACCUCACGGUCAUGGGGUACCAGGGCGCAGAACCUCCUGCGCCUCCCGCCACUCUGCGCUGCCCCAGCCCUCAGGACCACGAGGAGGAAGAAGAGGAGGGGCUGAGGAACCCUGAGCUGCAGUCCAGCCCGCUGAGGACCAGAAGGGCACGGAGACAGCCGCCCUGCUUUCGGGAGGAGAAUUCCCGCCGGCCCCAGACAGACAGCCAGGAGACAGAUGUGGUGCUGGAUUCCAGCAGCGAGGGGGACAGCUCCCCCUUCAGGGAGGUGAGGAGGGGCCCCAGGAUGUCCAGCAGGCAGAGAAGAGGCUGGAGUGUGCGCAGGGUGAAUACCAGUGCACCCGGCACAGCACCCUCAUCCCCACAUUCCAGGAGCACCUCCGCGGCAUCAGGAGUCAGUGAGUGACCAGUGGCCCCCUUCCUCGCCCGCCAGGGAUGGAUACCCGACCCAGGUCUGGGUCUUCCGUCUCUGGGGACACAGCUCCUCAUGGCAAAUGGCCAGGGUCAGCCUGCCGGAGGUGUGCAGGACCAGGGCAGCAUCCCCACGUGUGCCUACACACCUCCCCCCUUCUCUCACAUUCCCCCACCCCCAAUCCAUGCAGGUGUCCCAAGCAGAACACAGAAAAAUGCCCCUUUAGUUGCUAUCUCGGCCCGCUUCGCCGUAAAUGGCACACUGCCAAGCUUCACUUCUGUGGCGCUUUGCAGCCCAAUCCUGUGGAAGCAAGUCUCAGCAGUUUAAUAGCCUCUUCCGGGAUAAUCCAGGGGGGCAAAGGUGCACCUGCGUGAUGUGUGCAGGUCUUUAAUCAUCUUGCCUGGCCCGACUCCGUCAGGAAAGAGUGCUUCCCAGCGCAGUGCUGGGCCUGCAUGCAGGAUGCCGAGAAGGCGGCGGCGGCGGGGGGUGGCCGUUCCCACGAGAGCUGCGGCUGCCCCGCCACUUCCUCGGGGAGCCCACCCCCUUGGACACCCAGAGCGGGCGAAGGCAGCUCUCCGGGGCCGUCCCUCUGCCCUGCCUGUGGGGAUGGCGCGGACCGCCCCUUCAGAUGCUCCCACAGCCCCAAUGGAUGCAGGGACGCCCUGCCAACGCUGCCUUUCCCGGAGGGUGGAGCCUUAGGAAAGGGGCGGGGUCUCUGCGGCUGGGAUGGGCAGGCCUCACGGGCCCCCCUGAUCCAGACCCCUCCCUCCCUCCCCCC